GUUCGCUCAGUAGGGGACGCGUUGUUUGUUGCCGCGGCCCUCAUCCAGUGUUGGCGGCGCGGACUUUUCAACAGCAAAGAAGACGGAUCGGAUUUUCAGUACCAACUAGAAAGUCCAGUUCGACCGAGAUGUCACAGGAGCAUGACAACAAGCGUGCGGUCCUGGUUCUGCAGAACGACCCGGGCUACGCAACCCAGCGCCGCUCCUUCACUACGGAAGAUGAGGCGUGGAAGUCCUUCCUGGAGAACCCGCUGACUGCUGCCACCAAAGCUAUGAUGAGCAUCAACGGGGACGAGGACAGCGCCGCCGCCCUGGGCCUUCUCUACGACUACUACAAGGUGCCCAGGGAGAAGAGAACAAUACCACAGAACAAGCCAGACGUUCUGGUCUCUGAUGUGGAUCAGAACAAAAGGCAUCAGCUCCAGGCAGCUCACUCCAUCGCGCCACUCCAAGAAGGAGGCAUGGAGAGUCGGAUCCAGGUGCUGAAGGGGCCGUUCAACAUCCUGCAGCUGGCCCAGGACAAGAGAACCCAGUUCGCGCCUCCAGACACCACCGUCACCGUCUCCAUCGCCGCUCUGCCGACGUACUCGCCGGUCAAGACCGAGGUUCCCGCUCACGGCUUCACCGUGACCGUGCCCAACAACUGCGCCGAAAGCGACGGCCACGUCGGCGUGUUCGACCGGCAGCUGCCGCACAGCUCGGUCCAGUUCAGCCCCAGCACCCAGUCCCGCACCCCACCAGACUCCACCUUUUCAGAGAGUUUCAAGGACGGUUCCCAGGAGGUCUUCUCCUUCCCCGGGGAUCUCCAGUUACGUAUGGCCUCCAUGACGCCUGAUGACUACACCGGGUUUGACACGGUGCCGGGGAACAAUUUUGAGUACUCACUCGAGGCUUCCAAGUCUCUGCGCCAGAAGACGGGCGACGGGACGAUGACCUAUCUCAACAAGGGGCAGUUUUAUCCCAUCACCCUCAGAGAGAUCGACAACAAAGGAAUUCAGCAGCCCAUCACCAAAGUUCGGAGUGUGGUGAUGGUGGUUUUUGGUGAAGAGAAGUGCAGAGACGAUCAGCUCAAACACUGGAAGUACUGGCACUCCAGGCAGCACACGGCCAAACAGAGAUGCCUUGAUAUCGCUGACUACAAGGAGAGCUUCAACACCAUCGGCAACAUCGAGGAGAUUUCCUACAAUGCUAUUUCCUUCACCUGGGACACCAACGAGGAAGCUAAAAUCUUUAUUUCUGUCAACUGCCUGAGCACAGACUUCUCCUCCCAGAAGGGCGUGAAAGGCCUCCCUCUCAACCUGCAGAUUGACACUUACAGCUACAACAACCGCAGCAACAAACCCAUCCACCGGGCCUAUUGCCAGAUCAAAGUUUUCUGUGACAAGGGGGCGGAGAGGAAGAUCCGGGAUGAGGAGAGAAAGCAGUCCCGCCGGAAAGGGAAGGUUACAGAUAUCAACCCCGGGCUUCCCUACGUGGACGUCAAAGUCCCUAUUCUACAGAAACGCAACGACGUGACCAUCUUCAAGAUGAUGACGGACAUGGAGACGCAGCCUGUGCUCUUCAUCCCAGACGUUCACUUCUCCGCGUUCCAGCGACAUCCGUUUGCAGAAGAAGGCGAAGACAGCUCCGGCCUCAAGAGAUUACCCUUCAGCGACGACGAGUUUGGGUCGCCGCCAAACAAGAUGGCCAGGAUGGACGAGCCUAAGAAAGUGCUGCUGUACGUGCGCAAGGAGACAGAGGAAGUGUUUGACGCCGUCAUGCUGAAGAAUCCCACGCUCAAGGGCCUGGUGGAGGCGAUUUCAGAGAAAUAUGAGCUGCCUUUGGAGAAAGUUGGCAAAGUCUAUAAGAAGUGUAAGAAAGGAAUUCUGGUCCACAUGGACGACAACAUCAUCAGGCACUACUCCAAUGAGGACACUUUCCAAAUCUCCAUGGAAGAGCUGGCAGGCAUGUACAAACUCACCCUCACUGAAAUCUGAUUGGACGAGACGGGACGGGAUGAUGGAAUAAAGAUGGACGGCUCGGUGGUUUACACGUCACAAGUCAUGAUUCGGUCGGAUCGUGUUGUAAAUAACAGUCAAUUGGUAUUUAAACAAACAAAAAAAAAGCCAUGGCUCUUCAGUACCAUCAGUUUUGGUAGUCGAGUUCCCUCAGUACCUCUGUACCUCAUGCUUUGUUAGCAGCAGUCGUGACUUAAGCCAUAGCACUGAUGAUUGCAGUCUGACCAGGGGUGAAAGAAGUUCAGUGUAUUAAAUGAUAACGUGGCAGUAUUUAGUGUUCAUCAUGAGGUUUCCACAACAUUGUGUAAAUGUUUCUUGUAUUAUUAAGACACACGUUUUGUGAUUGCGACGGCAAAAAUGUCCUGUGAGCCGUGGCCUCUUUGUAAGUAUUAUGGAUUUUAUUGAGACAAAAAUACACCUGCUAGAGUAGUUUCCAAGUGUAAAAAUUCACUGUUUUGAAAGCACAAUGUGAAAGGAAAAGCCAUGUGUUGCCAUAAUUCAGUUUUGAGUAAAAUAAUUGAUAAAAAAAACGAGUUUAAAGUGAUUAUUAAUGUAAAUAUCAAAUGGAAAUUAUGAGAAAAGGCUAUAAAUGAGUCCUUUUUUGUAUCUCAGUACUUAUUGUGUAUAUAUUUAUUAAGAAUGGAUGUGGGUAUUGUUUUUUUACUCCGUAUAUAUCCAGAUUUCUAAUAAUAUAAUGUCUUUUUUGUUUGUUUUUUUUUUUUGUAAGAAUUGAUUGUUACAUUCCGCAGCAAAUGAGUUUGGAAUUGCUGUUACAUUCUUCUGUUUUGUAAUGAUCUGAAUGCACAAAGUGCAUAAUA